GUUAGUGCUUGCCAUUGGCUGAUUGUGCACUUUUUGAAAAAGCUAUAGGUACGUAAGUACGUCAAGCUGUGCACUGGUACGCGUUCACUGGUCCAGGUAUUGAGAAGAUCGAAGAAUGGACAAUAUUAAAGUAGCAAUUCGGGUUCGUCCUCUCUUGCCCAAAGACCAUGGUCACAGUGAACAGUGGGACACAACUGAUGAGAGAGUAACUCCAAGAAAUCCACCACACACACCCUACUACUUCGAUCAUGUGUUUGGGACCUCGGCCACAACAAGCACACUCUAUGAGAAGCUGGCUGAGCCCAUUGUAGAGGGGGUCAUGGAUGGUAUCAAUGGCACCAUCUUUGCUUAUGGUCAAACAGCCAGUGGCAAGACAUUCACCAUGAUGGGAGAAGAGCCUCAUCACCCGGGUGUCAUCCUGAAGGCAGCCAGCCACAUAUUUUCCUUGAUUCAAGAGCGUCCUGACAGAGACCACAUCAUUAGAGCUUCUUAUCUCGAGAUCUACAAUGAGUCCCUCACAGAUCUUCUCCGUCCCGAAAAGAAACACCUGAACCUGAGGAUAGGAGAAAUAGACGGGAACUUUGUAGUCCACGGAUUGUCUGAGGAGCCGAUUUCCCUCCCCCAAGAUAUUUACCAGCUCAUUGAGAUCGGGGAGAAGAACCGCACAUUUGGAUCUACCAAUGCUAAUGAGCACAGCUCAAGAUCACACACAAUAUUCAAGCUGACCAUUGAGAGCAGGGUUAGAGAUGAGGAACUCAGUGAUGGCACUAUCAGGGUGGCCUCUCUGAGCCUGGUUGACCUGGCUGGGUCAGAGCGUGUAAGUGCUACAGGUGCCACAGGGAAGCAGUUCAAAGAGGGGACGAACAUCAACCUUAGCCUCCAUGUGUUGGGGAGGGUCAUAUCAAAGUUAUCAGAGGGAAACACGGGUCAUGUGCCUUACCGUGAUUCAAAGCUGACCAGUAUCCUUCAGCCUUCCAUUGGUGGAAACUCUAAAACGGCCAUUAUCUGCACGAUAAACCCAUGUGAAAGGGGCGAGUCUAUCUCGACUAUUCAGUUUGCCAGCAGGGCUAAAAGAGUAAAAAAUCAGCCAGUAGUCAACGAGUUGGUAUGUGGAGAAGAUGCUCUUCGGAAGAAACUUAAAUCACUGGAGAAAGAAAAUGGCCUGCUCAAGCAAAAACUGGAGGAGAAUUUACCUGAUCAAGAGUGUGAGACUUUGACACAGCAGCUGGCCCAGUUUGAAACCCAGAAGCUACACCUCGAGGGUAAGCUUAGAGUUCUGGAAAAUUGGAUCGUGCGGACCAACAGCUGUGAUAAGUCAGCACUACCAAAGCAGCUGUCCAGACGGAGGACCAUGUGUCCGAGUCUUCUCUCACGUGACACUACAUCCCACCAGCCCUGGUCUGAGGCCCCUCCCCCCACAACCUCCUCUCUCACUUUAUCAUCACUCAAAUCCUCGACCAAGUCCGUAUCCUUUGCUCCAAGAUCAUGUGACGAGUCCUUCAAAGUGCACUUCACUCCUACCAGGUUCAUGAAGUUCCUGAAUGAGCAGGAGGUUGGCAGUAAAAAGAAGUCCAAUGCUCUAGACGGUGGCAGAGGGCGUCCCUCGUUCCUACCCUCACCAAAAUGCUUUGAGGACUCACUCAAUGACACCCAAGAGUCCACUCAGUUCGAUACUCACUCCGAGUCAUGUGUGGUCAAGGAGGAGGAGGAGGAGAUUGCUCUUCUCAGGCGUGAGUGUGCUGACCUUGUGGAGGAGAGAGCAACCUUACGCCAAGAGGUUGAGGAGAAGGGUGAGACCAUUCGAGGUCUGGAAGAUGACCUGCUGAGGGAGUUGGAGGAGAAGCUGCUCGAGAAGUCUCAACUCAUGGACCCAGAUGUCAUAGCUGAGCUGGGGAGAGAAUUGGAACUGGCCAACAGCAAGGCAGAUUCUGCUGUGCAAGAGAGACUUGUGAUGGAAGAAGAGCUCAAGAAGGCACUGGAUCGCUGUAAGGAGCUGGAGCAGAGCAGUGUGCCUGCAGUGGAUGGGGUGGACAUAUUCGAGUGUUACGAACAGGAGAAGGAAGAGUACUUGAAACAGCUUGCUGCCAAUGAGAGGCAGAUUGCCUCACUGACAGAGGACCAUUCUGCUGCACGGAGGAAGGUGGAUAAGAUGAAGGAACAGUAUGACAAUGACCUGCAGUUCCUACAGGAAUUAGUCACCUCUCUCAAGGCUGGGCUGGCAGCUGCCAAGGCCAGCAUUGAGGAGACUGUUGUUGCGAAGAAGAGUUUAGAGUUGAGGCUGACAGAAAGUGAUCAGAGAUUACAGGUCGCUAAGGGGACCAUCGACAGUCACAGUCAGAAGCAAGUUGCAGCACAGUGUCUUCACGAGGAGAAUGUCAGUCUCCGUCAAGAUAAAGAUACUCUUGCUAAAGAAGUGUCUGAUCUCAAGGAGGAGUUGGUCGUGGCAGAGCAGGAAAAAGACAAGGCUAUGAACGAAAAGAAAAUCGCUGAGGACUUUGAGACUAAACUGGAGAUUGAGAAGACUAAACUGCUCAGAGAGCUGAAUGGGAAGAACAGUCGGAUUGAAGAGCUUGAUGGGGAGGUCGUGUCGGUACAGGCACAGUUGGACCAUGUCGCCUCCACUCUUGAUGGUCUCCACCAAGAGAAGGAUGCUUUGAUUAAAGAAGUGUCUGAUCUCAAGGAGGAGUUGGUCGUGGCAGAACAUGAAAAAGACAAGGCUAUGAAGGAGAAGAAAAUCGCUGAGGACUUAGAGACUAAACUGAAGAUUGAGAGGACUAAACUGCUCGGAGAGCUAAAAGGGAACAGUCGGAUUGAAGAGCUUGAUGGGGAGGUCGUGUCGCUACAGGGACAGCUGGAGAAUUCCGUCUCCAUUAAUGGUCUCAGCCAAGAGAAGGAUGCUUUGAUUAAAGAAGUGUCUGAUCUCAAGGAGGACUUGGUCGUGGCAGAGCAGGAAAAAGAUAAGGAGAGGAAAAUUGCUGAGGACUUUGAAACUCAACUGGAGAUUGAGACGACUAAGCUGCACAGAGAGCUGAAGGGGAAGAACAGUCGGAUUGAAGAGCUUGAUGGGGAGGUUGUGUCGCUACAGGCACAGCUGGACAAUGUCACCACCACUCUUGAUGUUAAUGGACUCAGCCAAGAGAAGGAUGCUUUGAUUAAAGAAGUGUCUGAUCUCAAGGAGGAGUUGAUCGUUGCAGAGCAAGAAAAAGACAAGGCUAUGAAGGAGAAGAAAAUCUCUGAGGACUUUGAGACUCAACUGGAGAUUGAGAAGACUAAACUGCUCUGUGAGCUAAAAGGGAAGAACAGCCGGAUUGAAGAGCUUGAUGGGGAGAUCGUGUCGCUACAGGGACAGCUGGAUAAUGUCGCCUCCACUCUUGAUGGUAUCAGCCAAGAUAAAGAUGUUAUGACUAAAGAAUUAUCUGAUCUCAAGGAGGAGUUAGUCAUGGCAGAGCAGGAAAAAGACAAGGCCCUGAAGGAGAGGAAAAUCGCUGAGGACUUGGAGACUAAACUAGAGAUUGAGAAAUCUAAACUGCUCAGAGAGAUAAAAGGGAAGAACAGUCGGAUUGAAGAGCUUGAUGGGGAGGUCGUGUCGCUACAGGGACAGCUGGACAAUGCCGCCUCCUGCACUCUUGAUGUUAAUGGUCUCAGCCAAGAGAAGGAUGCUUUGAUGAAAGAAGUGUCUGAUCUCAAGGAGGAGUUGGUCGUGGCAGAACAGGAAAAAGACAAGGCUAUGAACGAAAAGAAAAUCGCUGAGGACUUCGAGACUAAACUGGAGAUUGAGAGGACUAAACUGCUCAGAGAGCUAAAGGAGAAGAACAGUCGGAUUGAAGAGCUUGAUGGGGAGGUCGUGUCGCUACAGGGACAGCUGGAGAAUGUCGCCUCCUGCACUCUUGAUGUUAAUGGUCUCAGCCAAGAGAAGGAUGCUUUGAUUAAAGAAGUGUCUGAUCUCAAGGAGGAGUUGGUCGUAGCAGAGCAAGAAAAAGACAAGGCUAUUAAGGAGAAAAAAAUCUCUGAGGACUUCGAGACUAAACUGGAGAUUGAGAGAACUAAACUGCUCAGAGAGCUAAAAGGGAAGAACAGUCGGAUUGAAGAGCUUGAUAGGGAGGUCGUGUCGCUACAGGCACAGCUGGAGAAUGUUGCCCCCACUCUUGAUGUUAAUGGUCUCAGCCAAGAGAAGGAUGCUUUGAUUAAAGAAGUGUCUGAUCUCAAGGAGGAGUUGGUCGUGGCAGAACAGGAAAAAGAAACAGCUAUGAAGGAGAAGAAAAUUGCUGAGGACUUCGAGACUAAACUGGAGAUUGAGAGAAUUAAACUGCUCAGAGAGCUGAAGGGGAAGAACAGUCGGAUCAAAGAGCUUGAUGGGGAGGUCGUGUCGCUACAGGGACAGCUGGAUAAUGCCGCCUCUACUCUUGACGUUAAUGGUCUCAGCCAAGAGAAGGAUGCUUUGAUUAAAAAAGUGUCUGAUCUCAAAGAGGAGUUGAUCUUGGCAGAGCAAGAAAAAGACAAGGCUAUAAAGGAGAAAAAAAUCUCUGAGGACUUUGAGACUAAACUGGAGAUUGAGAGAACUAAACUGCUCAGAGAGCUAAAGGGGAAAAACAGUCGGAUUGAAGAGCUUGAUGGAGAGGUCGUGUCACUACAGGGACAGCUGGAUAAUGCCGCCUCCGUUCUUAAUGUUAAUGGUCUCAGCCAAGAGAAGGAUGCUUUGACUAAAGAAGUGUCUGAUCUCAAGGAGGAGUUGAUCAUUGCAGAGCAGGAAAAAGACAAGGCUAUGAAGGAGAGGAAAAUUGCUGAGGACUUUGAGACUCAACUGCUCAGAGAGAUGAAAGAAAAAGACGAAAAAAUUGAAUAUCUCGAAAGCCAACUCAAUCAGAAGGAGCAUGCUGAGAAGGUGCAGUCUCUGGAGAGAGCUCGAGGUGUCAGCUCUCGACAAGGCCAGCUGGACACUGUCACCUCCUCUGUGAACAAAGAGAACCAUGUGCCAGAGAGCGAAGAAGUAGCGAGUAUCAAACGACAGCUGCGAGAUAUGUGCAAACUGAGAACAGCUGAUCUGAGACAGCAUAGAUUCACAACGGCUGAAUUGGAAGACACGCUAGAAGCUGUGAGGAGAGAAAAUAGGAAACUAGUAGAGAGGAUUCAGAUCGCAGGCUCUCAACCUGCCAUGCCCAAGUACCCGACUACAGCUAGCUCUGGGGUUAUCACGGAUAUGAUCUAUCACCACACUAUAUUUGAGCACGAAAAACUAAAAAAAACAUCAGAUAAAGAAAGGGAGGAGAUGAAGAGGUAUCGCUCUGAGAGGAACUCGUAUCGAACCAAGUUCUUUGCUGUCCAGAAGUACUGUAACUGCAGCGCCAUUGAAAGAGCACAGGAGGAAUGUAGAACAAAUCCUGACUUCAAACUUACGUGAGUGACUAUAUAUACAUGACUAUUUCAGUAAUUGAUUAGAUAGCUAUAAUUUGUGUUCAUUAGUACUUUCAGCUAAUUUCAGUUUCAA